GCCAGGAUGGAGGAAAUCUCUCAGCUUUUUGGAACCAUGGGGCGAGAACGCUCCGACACCCACUCCACACAGUCGACGGGCACCAAACUCGCCCUUCGCCAUCGGCUCAACCAGCUGAUGACGUGCGUUGAUGACUUGGACCCCAGGCACGGGCUGCAUGACAAAAUGGUCCAGGCACUGGAUAGCGCCUUCCUCGUCUGCGGCAAGAGAGCCAACAAGCCGAAAAAGGACAAAUUCAGGCUUCACAUGGUGACGUGGAACGUGGCCACAGCCGAUCCCCCGGAUGACCUGACCUCGCUUCUCCAUUUGAACUCCCCAAAGAGCCCAGACCUCUACGUCAUCGGUCUGCAGGAGGUUUACUCAGGACCGAUGAGAUUCAUGUCUGACACGUUAUUCGACGACCCGUGGAGUCAACUGUUUAUGUCCACGCUGGCACCACUGAAUUAUGUGAAGGUUUCAUCCAUCCGAAUGCAAGGUCUGCUGCUGCUCUUCUUCUCCAAACUGGAGCACGUUCCCUUCAUCCGAGACAUCCGGGCAACGUACACACGCACCGGCAUUAUGGGUUACUGGGGUAACAAAGGUGGCGUGUCUGUGCGUCUGUCUUUCUACGGCCACACGACCUGUUUCCUCAACUGUCACCUGGCUGCUCACAUGAAAUACGCCACAGAGAGAGUGGACGAGUUUGAGCACAUCAUCAGCACGCAGACCUUUGACUGUAAAAAGGCUCAGACAGUCCUGGACCACAGGCUGGUGUUCUGGUUCGGGGAUCUCAACUUCCGGAUCCAGGACCACGGCAUGCACUUUGUCCGCACCUGUAUCAGCGACGAAAAGUACAACCUCCUCUGGAGCAAAGACCAGUUGACCAUGUUGAAGAAAAAAGAGGAGAUGCUCCAGGAGUUUGAAGAAGGACCUCUGGACUUUCAACCCACGUACAAGUUUGACAGAAACACGGAUAUCUACGACAGCAGGCGCUACAGGACAUGGUUUGGCUUUAACGGUAAGAAGCGUAAGCCUGCGUGGACCGACAGGAUCCUGUGGCGCCUGCGACCUGCAGCCCCACCCCCCGAGGAGCAGGAUGAAAGCGAUGUUGGGGAUGUGAGGGAGCUCAGGCAGUUGGAGGAGGACGAGGAGUACCCCCUGAAAGUCAGACAGGAGUUCUACACCAGCAUAAUGGAGUACAGCGUCAGCGACCACAAGCCUGUCAUCGGCAUCUUCACUUUGGUGCUGAGGAAGAUUCAAACGACUCCUCUGGUGCGACUGCAGCCAGAGGGCGACUGGAGUGCCGACAUUGAUUCGAUGGUUCUCUACAGCCCUCUGCAGCCUUUCCCUUCCAGCACGUGGGACUGGAUCGGACUCUAUAAGGUUGGAUUCACCAACGUGUCAGAUUACAUCACCUACACGUGGGUGAAAGACGACGAAGUGGCGUUCAAUGAAGAAGUCAUACAGGUUUAUGUGGACAAAGAGGAAAUCCCCGUGCAGGGAGGAGAGUGCGUGCUGUGUUAUUUCUGCAGCACUCUGCAGAGCAUCAUUGGAGUCAGCGAACCAUUCAAGGUCCACGAGUCCAAGGUGGCCAUCGAGGAAGGCUUGCUGCCAGAGAAGAUCAACGGACUUGACCAAAAGGUAGUGAGGGAAGAUGUUUGGAACUGAUGCACCAGAACUCACAGGUGUGCCAGGAGGUGGAAAAGGACCUGGACUCUCAGAACCACAACAAGGCUUUUGAAUUAAUGUGUUUCCCGCUGUAGAAGCAGCCAUGGACGUGCUGCCUUCACACGCCAUUACUCAUCCACGCCCACUUCUCUAACGGAGUGGCUCAAAGUUACUAAAGAUGUUUUCACACAUGCAGUAAAACCCUGAGAAUUUCUAGAACAUUUCAGGACAGUCUGUCCCUGAAGUCUUCCCCAGUAAUCCCUCCCGACCAUAUAAUGAUAGUUUUAUUCUUUCAUAUUAAAGAUAGUCAGCAGCUUCUUCCUUCAAAAUAAAAUAGAGCAUCUUUUGCCUUCAAAAUAAAAUAGAGCAGCUGCUUCCUUCAAAGCAAAAUAGAGCAGCUUCUUCCUUCAAAGUAAAAUAGAGCAGCUUUUUCCUUCAAAAUAAAAUAGAGCAGCUUCUUCCUUUAAAAUUAAGUACUAAAGUAAAGCUGCUCCAUCGUUCCUUCUGGGCCUCCGUACAUGUGAGGUGGUGACUGUGUCUGCAGAGACUCUGUCCUCUGACUGGAUUUUACUGUUCUGCUUUGUUCUGGUUGACUUGGGACGUUUCUGGGCGGAGCUGGUGUGUUUCCUCCAGCCAAUAACAGCGUAGCAGGUGAGUUUAGGAGUGGAUACAAUUCAGGGAUUGGAAGAGACGUGGACGUAGCAGCAAAGAAGAGAAAAUAUAAUCACAGUGAGGUGAAACACCAAGCGGAUAAAGCUCGUUCUAAAUCGAGGGUGAACCUUGUGUUGGCUUUUACCCGUGGACGUGGAGUUGGUCUGCUUCCUGUUGGACAGGCAGGUUAGCUUGUGCUAGCGUGCGUUAGCUUGCAGUGCAGGUACAGGCAGUAAACAUUCACACUACAUCCUGCAGGGGGCGGGGCUUCUGUGGCCGAUGAGCCCAGGAGGAGGGGCCCAGUUUGAUGGUUUGAAUGUGUUUUACUGAUUGUUUUUACUGACUAGAAAAGAACAGAAUAGAGUCUGACGCUGCUUUAUUACCUGCCCCCCUCCACCUGUUCACUCAGGGUGAACUUUUCAAAAUAUUACUUUUAUAGCUGCUUCAGCCCGACUUCAUGUCGAGGGUUUAGCAGCAGGCUGAAGUCUGGAACACUCACACAUGCAGGUCAUCCCAAAUGUUUCAGUACAUUUUCAGGAGUUUUGUGCAUGUGUGAACAGAUCUCAACACGUGUGUGGUCGGUACCUUCUUUUCAUGGUUCUGACUGCCACGGAAACUUUGAGCGCCCCGUUAACAGCUGAUUUCAAACCUGUGUACUAGAUGAACUGCAUGGUUUCUGAUUGGUUAAGAAAGAAGGAGGAUAAAAAACAAGGUGAAGUACGUUGUUGUAAGACCCGCUGCUCUGUGGGGACAGACGGCGUUCAGGUGUUCACAGGUAAAAUCAUUCACGCCAUGUCCAGGUUGAAAUGUUUCUGCUGCUUCACGGUGCUGACAGAAGAAGAUGGACAAUUUAAGUUGGUCUCGUUUAGAAGGCCAACCACUGUAACGACGAAAAGGGAAUUAACGAGGCUGAUUGGCCGACCCUUGUUUACAUGAUGUUCAGUAAACAAAUCAAUGAUUGGUUCUUACCGAGCGAAUAGGACGAGAUCUUCAGGGUGUCCUGAGGCCGAUCAAAAGAUACAGGGCUUGUGUGCACGUUCGUGAUGCUGGAUCGGAUUUUCAACAGGAAAUUUCAGCUGGACUUAAACAGUAUGUAACUCUGACCCCGUAGUGUUUAAAAUGGGUACUACAGUCUAAAUUCUAAACAUUGUAGAGAGCUGUCUCUCUCCCCCCCCUCCAGAGUCGAUUGACCUCAUGUCUCAGUGAUUGAUCAUUUAAGCUUUAAAUAGAAAAGAGCUUCUAAAAUCAACGUGUAGAAAAAGACGUGAGGUAUGAAGAGACUCAGAAACAUCCGUUCUUUACCACCGCUAUCCGUGUCGCUGGAGUUUAGUGUAGUGAAGGAAACAAAGGGUUAAAUGGGUAGGACUUGUUCCUCUGCUGUACUGUUUCAUAGCGCAGAGGCUUUCUAUGCUGGAUUGAAACCCAGUUCAAGAGCUAGACUUUCAGCAGGUCUCGAGAGAGAACUAUUAACAUUAUCGAGAAGAUGAACGGCUUCAUUCGUUCCUGCUUUAAUAUUUUUUAUCACCUUUAAAAACUUGUUUUCUCUGGAAGUGUGCAGAGAGUAACUCGUCCCACAGCGAUGAUCUGUGACGGCUGCAGGGCGGGUUCAGCCACCAUGAUGGAUCUGGUCACUAUUGGAAUGAACUCCAGUCGCUCCUGGACGACUUGAAAACAGAUUUAUAUUUUUGAACUUUUUGUUGUGGUGGGGCCGGCGUUCUGUCGCUCGCUCUCUUAGCUCCUCAGCACUGUUGUGUUUUAAUCUUUGAUUUCUUCUUUAGUUUGCUGGUUAUGGAAACAAAGAAAGAGAUGGUACGCAGUUUAAACGUUUAUGUGCUGUCAUGUUAGUAUUAUGGGAUGCACGAUAUGAACGCUAUUAGACCGAUAAUGACCUGCUCCUGAUGGAUUCGGUUUAGUAACAGUAUAUGUAUGUAUCUUCUUUAAUAAGUCUUUGGGUCAGUUAUCAAAUACUUGUGUAAAAUAUAUUUAAUGAAGACGAGAUGGUCACUCGACUGGAAAGUAACUGAGCAUGUACGUUAAUCACCGCUCAACACUCUGCAGAGUGAUGAUGCUUAUUGUAAUCCAUAAUCUGCUGGUGAAAGAGAACUGGCUGGCUGGCUGAUUAAUCAGUCGGACUCUCUUUAUGAUGUCAUUAUUAGAAGAAUUAAAAAUGAUAACAUAUUCCUGAUAUCGGCGGAUUAAUGAUGUGAACAGAAUAUCGUGCAUCCCUGCUUCACGUGGUGCCUUUGGAAUGAUUGUUUUGUUGCUGUUGACGUUCUGUAACCUGCUGCUUCUUGUCGUUAAUACUUUUUAAUAAUCGAUCUUAAUAUGGUGAGAUUUUAUGACCUCUGUUUAUUCCUCCUGAUUUCAAAUACUGCUGUUUUAUCUUUGAUCCACACGAGGGCGAUCUCUUCUGGUGUUUUUAUUAUCAGCCUGCAGGAUUUAAAUAUUUUAUUAUCUUCAAGAGAAAUAAACUGUAACAAAGAUUUAUACCUUUGUAAGUUCAAAUAUUAAAAACAUCACACUGGA